AUGCCCUCCCUCUCGCGCAGGAUGAUAACUGGCUUCCUUGUGGCCUUAUUGUUCGCCUCCGCCGUUCUUGCUACAGACGUGACGAAAGGACCCUCGAAGCGAUGCCGCGAGGUCAUCGUUAGAAAAGAAUGGCUCGUACCCUCAAAACUCGCACAAAACAAGGCUCGCUACAUCGGCGCCGUUAAAUGCUUGCAGGCUCUCCCGGCGCAAACCAGUUUCACAGGCGUCAGAACGCGGUUCGACGAUUUCCAAGCUUUGCAUGUGUCCCUCAUGCCAGAAAUACAUCUUGUGGGUCAAUUCCUUCCGUGGCAUCGUCGAAUGCUUCAAGUAUACGAGAAAGCACUCCGUGAAGAGUGCGGUUAUACUGGAGCACAACCAUACUGGGAUUGGACAAGAGAUGUGGACGGUGCCUCUAUCGUCGCAGCUUCCCCAGUAUUUGACCCCGUGUUUGGUUUCGGCGGCAACGGAAUUGACAUCCCUGGCUAUGCAGGCCAGUUCGGCAACAUGUCAGAUAUCCCUGGAUGGACUGGCGGGGGAUGCAUAACCGAUGGGCCGUUCGCAUCGUACAACCUCUCCAUUGGCCCAGGAACACUUGUUACCAACCAUUGCCUGACACGUUCCUUCAACACAUUCGCCGUAGCUUUCAUCCGUUCCUCUCAAGUCGCCAAUACGACCAAGCAACCGAAUUUCGAACGGUUCCGUAUCGAGCUUGAGGGUACUCCAGUGACACCAACAUUGAAAGUACACGACGCCGGCCAUCUAUCUGUCGGCGGGGAGAUGAAUGAUAGAUGGUCCAGCCCCGGAGACCCUGUCUUCUACCUCCACCAUUCCAACCUCGACCGGAUUUGGUGGGAGUGGCAGUCAAUGGAUCUCAAAAGGCGGCUGACAGAUAUAUCCGGACGGACGAGUAUCGACCCUCCAGUCGUAAAUGUUACACUGGACUUUAAGCUCAAAAUGGGCAUACUUGCAGACCUGAUUACAAUCCGCGACGUCAUGGACGUGCGGGCUAGUCCCAUGUGCUACAUUUAUGCCUAG